GGGCGCCUUCUGUUCACGUCACCGCCCCCCCACGCGACUCCCCUGGUCUCGCUUUGCGACGGAGGCUUCCGCCAUGGCGGAAGCGAAGGCCCCGGAGCCGCUGGAGAUAGAGAGCAGGAUCAUUGAGCUGUGCCAUCAGUUUCCCCAGGGUAUCACAGACCAGGUGAUUCAGAAUGACAUGCCUCACAUGGAGGCUCAGCAACGGGCAGUGGCCAUUAACAGGCUGCUCUCAAUGGGACAGCUGGACCUGUUGAGGAGCAGCACUGGCCUCCUCUACAGGAUCAAGGAAUCUCAGAAUGCUGGUAAAAUGAAGGGAUCUGACAAUCAGGAGAAGCUGGUGUAUCAGAUUAUAGAGGAUGCAGGAAACAAAGGUAUUUGGAGCAGGGAUAUUAGGUAUAAAAGCAAUCUUCCGUUAACUGAGAUCAACAAGAUCCUGAAGAACUUGGAAAGCAAGAAACUGAUUAAAGCUGUGAAGUCUGUAGCGGCUUCCAAGAAGAAAGUGUAUAUGUUAUACAACCUUCAACCAGAUCGCUCUGUGACAGGAGGAGCUUGGUAUAGCGACCAAGACUUUGAAUCUGAAUUUGUAGAGGUGCUUAACCAACAGUGUUUUAAGUUCUUACAGACCAAGGCCGAAGCAGCUCGAGAAAGCAAGCAGAACCCCAUGAUCCAGAGAAACAGCUCGUUUGCAUCCUCUCACGAGGUGUGGAAAUACAUCAGUGAGUUAGGUGUCAGUAAGGUGGAAUUGUCAAUGGAAGAUAUUGAAACCAUCCUCAACACAUUAAUCUAUGAUGGAAAGGUAGAAAUGACCAUUGUUGCUGCAAAAGAGGCAGCUGCCGGCAGCGUGGACGGGCACAUGAAACUGUACAGAGCCAUCAAUCCCAUCAUCCAGCCUACAGGCUUAGUUCGGACGCCUUGUGGACUCUGUCCGGUUUUUGACGACUGCCAUGAAGGUGGUGAGAUAUCUCCAUCAAAUUGUAUUUAUAUGGUAGAGUGGUUAGAAUUUUAGCAGUAGGUGGAGAGAGCUUAUUGCAACCUAGGUUGAUCAACCUUCUAAUUAUGGACACUGCUUUUCUUGAAGAAGAAUGCAAAAAAUCUUUGACGGUGUCUUUGCUGUGGCAAAGACUCUGAUCUCUCUUCGGGCACUGACUGGACACAUGGAAAGAAAGGGGCCAAGACUCCGAAAUUGCUUCCUGUAUAAACUGUAUGCAGGCACAGAGUUCUGCAUAUUUUUUACAGAUGCAAGUUAUAUUUUGACCUUUUGGGAGACUUGUUGAUUCCUGUGCUAAAUAAAAUAAAUAAUUUAAAUUGA